AUGGCCAAGCUCACUCUGCUCACCGGUCUGGCCCUCCUGCUGAACGCCCACAUAGGCUCUGCCUAUGUGCUGUCAUGUUACUUUUCCAACUGGGCCCAGUACAGGGCUGGCCUGGGCAAAUUCUUGCCUGACAACAUCGACCCGUACCUGUGUGACCAUCUGAUCUACGCCUUUGCUGGGAUGGACAACAACGAGAUCACAACUACUGAACGCGAUGAUGAGAAGCUUUACAAGUCCUUCAAUGACUUGAAGAACCAGAACGAGAAACUGAAGACUCUCCUGUCAGUUGGAGGAUGGAGUUUUGGGACAGCCAAGUUCUCCACAAUGGUUUCCACACCUGAGAACCGUCAGACUUUCAUCAAGUCUGCCAUCAGAUUCCUGCGCCAGUACGGCUUUGACGGGCUGGACAUUGACUGGGAAUACCCUGGCUCCAGGGGCAGCCCAUCCAAGGACAAGGAGCUCUUUACUGUCCUGGUUAAGGAAAUGAAGGCAGCCUUUGAGCAGGAAGCCAAACAGGUCAGCAAGCCCCGUCUCAUGAUCACCGCGGCUGUUGCUUCAGAUCUUUCCAACAUUCUGUCUGGCUACCAGAUCUCUGAGCUUGGAAAGUACCUGGACUACUUCCAUGUGAUGACCUACGACUUCCAUGGCUCCUGGGAUGGACACACUGGGGAGAACAGCCCUCUUUUCAACAAUGUUCACAACUAUAUCAGUGUUGAGUUUGCUAUGAACUACUGGAAGAGCAAUGGUGCCCCAGCUGAGAAGCUCCUUGUUGGAUUCCCAACCUAUGGACAUAGCUUCCACCUGAAAAACUCAUCUGACACUGCUGUUGGGGCACCAACAACAGGGCCUGGGCCAGCUGGACCUUACACAAAGCAGUCUGGACUCUUGGCUUACUAUGAGAUCUGCUUAUUCCUGGACAAGGGAGCCACCAACGUUUGGGAUAACUCUGAGGACGUGCCUUAUGCCUACAAGGGUGAAGAAUGGGUUGGCUAUGACAACGUCAGGAGCUUCAGUGCCAAGGUUGACUGGCUGAAGAAGAGUAAUUUUGGAGGUGCCAUGGUUUGGACCCUUGAUAUGGAUGACUUCACUGGCACUUUCUGCGAGCAGGGCAAAUAUCCCCUGAUUAACACUCUGAAGAAGGGUCUUGAUCUGGAAAGCAGUGGCUGACAGAUCUAUUGGGAAUCCAGUCCUCCAGUCCCUGUAGAUCCUAAAUAUGGAAGUGGGAAUGUGAGCAUGAGUUGGAGUAACGAUUCAGGUGACUGGUGGACGUGGUUCCUGUGCAGGCAAAGCCAUCCAGACUCAGCCAGAGUUUUAACAUCAAAACUUGUUGCAGAACUGCCGUGAUGAUCUUGUCUAUAAUAUCAGCUGCUUCUGCUACAAUUAGCCAUGAAGAUACUAGUGCUAUUGCAGCAAAUAGACCCCUCUGAUCUUAUUGCCUGGAAUAAUGAUUAAAUAAAUUGUUCUGCAAAAGCAACAAUCCUC